ACACAGCGUACAGAUAUUGAAAGCCCAACAUCUGGUGAAUCCAAACAAUAUUUCUGAUUUAUUAAAUGUUUUAUAGCGAAAACAAAAUGUAGCGCUAAAUUAGCAUAGCCACGCCAGCCAGAACCAGCUGGGCGCCCCCGACCAGUUCACAUGCACGACAGAUAUAUGAAAUAACAUCGUAAAUUGGGUCUUACUAUUGCUGAUCUUUCAUCAGAAUGUUGAUCAAGGUGUCCUUAGUCCUGAUGAGUCGUUCAAUCCAUUCAUAAUGGCAACUUUCCCUCUUCAUUUAGCAUAUGUACUGGUCGACUGGCCAAAGUAAAAAAAAAAAGUCACAGAACGGAACACGGCAAAACUCCCAAAAAAAUUUAAAUAGUCUGAUUAAACUAUAUUGAAAAAACAUACAUUAAGAUGAUAUGGUCACAUGUAUCAAACAAACUUCGAGACGGAGAUAGUUUUCAUCCGUAACGGCAGCAAAACAGAAGACAAUCACACCUACAAAUCGCGCGAUUCAGAGAACCGGAAGUUGUCGGUCACGCCAAAGAAAUAGGUCUUAUUUCACGUCAGUACAAGAUAAACAAAAAAAUUCUCCUCUGACGUCCUCUUGACACCCAGAGGAAGACGAAUGAAGUGUGUUUCGGGUCAUAGGUGGCGUGACCAUAUAUAGGCAGAGCGUUGAAGCGAGCAUACACAUCUUGCAUUCUUCUUCUUGGUCAGGGAAAGUGCUGUCAAAUGACUUCUGUUUCACUCAGAGACAAAAUUGAAACGGUUUUAGAAACUAUAGAUUGUUUUCUAUCCAAUGGUAUUAAUUAUAUGCAUAUAGUAAGAGCAAUAAUUGAAUAAGAGGCAGUUUAAUCUGUAGAGGAAAUUAUGCUAAUGCGAAAACAGCACCCCCUGUAUUCUCAAGAAGUUAAGGAGCUCCUUUAGCACCUCGGACUCAGUGACUGCCUGCAGGGAGAAACUUUGUAGCUUGGGCAAGGGAAAAAUAUGGAGAAGCACUGGGGAUAGUCACAUUAAAAGGGGUGGGAGAUGAGGAAAUGUUGGACGGGCAAGGAGGCAUGGCGGAGUCAAGUAGGAAUCCUGACUUAAUGAAGUGGUGAUUAAAGAGCUCAGCCAUGUGCUUCUUGUCAGUAACAACCCCAUCAUCAACUGUAAGGGACAUGGGCAGUUAUGAGGAGGGUUUAUUCUCCAGGUCGUUAACCGUUUUCCAGAACUUCUUGGGGAUAGAUAUACAGAGAGAGAACUGCUCUUUAAACUAACUAACUUUGGCCUUCCGGAUAGCCCGAGUACACUUAUUUCUCAUUUGCCUGAACGUGAGCCAGUCAGCCUGAGUAUGCGUGUUCCGAGCCUUUUGCCAAAUGCAAUUCGAGGUGGAGUAACUCUGCAAGAUCACGGUCGAACCAGGGGCUGAACCUGUUUUUUAAAUCUCAUUUUCUUUAUGGGGGCGUGUUUGUUAACAAUACCACUGAAAAUAUCAAAAAAGAAGGUCCAAGCGUCUUUGACAGAGGGGAUCAAACUGAUUCUAUACCAUUUUACAGAGGCCAGGUCAUGAAGGAAGGCUUGCUCAUUAAAGUUUUUUUUUAGCAAACGUGUAUGACAAAUCAGGACAGAUCAUUUCACUGAGCAGCCAUUACGAACACAGGCUGUAAAACAGUGAUUACAAAGGUGAUUACAUUGAACACCAGACUGAUACCUAUCAGGAUUAUUUGUGAGGAUAACAUCGAGGAGAGUAGCGUUUUCUGGGUGUUUGGAGUUAUACCUUGUGGGAUUGGUAAUAAUCUGAGAAAGAUUUAGGGAGUCCCAUUGCUUUAGGAUUUGGUCAGGUGGUUUAAGCAUGUCCCUGUUUAGGUCACCGUGCAGGACAAAUUCAGUCUUAGUGUAAGGGGCCUGGAGAGAGCUUAGGGCAGGUAGGGUACAGGCUGGUGCUGAUGGGUGACGUUAACACCAAGCAACAGUCAACAAAGAGAUGAUCCUUGGUAAAGAUUGCCGUUCAAAGUCAACAAAGCAUACAGGAGUCAUGAGACAAAUAGCAAAAUGUGCAAGUUUUUUUUUUAAACGAUUUGCAGCUUUCCAUUAUUAAUUCAGAGUCACCUGCCUCAACAGUGCCUGUGUGCUGGAGGCGAGCGAAAGCUCAGGAGUGUGGUGGGGGUACCUGUACCAGACGGGGAGACAAGCCAGGGCAGCCGUUGAACAAAUCGCCAGAUCUGUCCCGUAACCGUCUGCCAGAACUGCCCGUGGAGGUGUGUAUGUUUGUCUCUCUGGAACACCUUAACCUCUACCAGAACUGCCUGCGCUCGCUGCCUGAGAGUCUUCUCAAUCUCCAGGCCCUCACCUACCUGAACAUAAGUCGAAACCAGUUGUCGACCCUGCCCAGCCCGGUGUGCAGUCUGCCGUUGAAAGUCCUGAUCGCCUGUAACAACAAGCUGGUCUCCCUUCCCGAAGAGCUGGGCCAACUACUACAGCUCACAGAACUGGACGUGAGUUGUAAUGAGAUCCAGACACUCCCUCCUCAGGUUGGUCGACUGGACUCGCUGCGAGACCUUAACAUCCGCCGCAACCACCUGGCCCGCUUGCCCCCAGAGCUGUCUGAGUUGCCCCUGGUGCGUCUGGACUUCUCUUGUAACAAGGUGACAUCCAUCCCUGUGUGUUACCGCAACCUGCGCCACCUACAGAGCAUCGUGCUGGACAACAACCCACUACAGAACCCACCUGCACAGAUUUGUAUAAAGGGGAUGAUCCAUAUAUUUAAGUAUCUGAACAAUGAGGCCAACAAGACUACACCUGAGCUUCCAGACUACGACAGGAGACCCCUCCCCUUCGGAUCCUGUGUGGAGGAGCUGUACCCUGGCCGGCCAUACGGCGCACUGGACUCUGGCUUCAACAGUGUGGACAGUGGAGACAAGAGAUGGUCAGGCAACGAGCCCACGGAUGAGUUGUCGGACCUGCCACUGCGUGUGGCAGAGAUCACCAAAGAACAGAGACAGCGGCGGGAGAGGGAGGAGCACAGGACGUCUGGCUCCCAUCCUGUGACCAACGGCACAUUAGAGGGAGAGCUGGAGCAGAUAGACUUUAUAGACAGUUGUACGGGAGAGGAGGAAGAGGAGGGUAGGAGAGGAGAAGUAGCAGAAACCAUCAGCCUCAGCUCCCAGUUCAUGGCAUACAUCGAGCGCCGCAUCACUGGAGAGAGCUCUCCAGUCAAGUCCAACUCCUCCAGAGACUCAAGGACAGACGACCCGAGGCGAUACAAUUCUCUGCAGAACAGGACUGUCCAUGAUCCAACCUCUUCUGCCUCUCAUAAUCAGAGAGGGGCUGGGGUUGGUGCGGGUCCGAGCGGGGCGCCGGGUGGGGGCGUGGAGCGUGUGCGGAGGAUGGCCCAGUUGGCCGCCCUGCGGUACGAGGAGGAGAGGCAGAAGUCACGCUCGGUGCAGCGGGAUGCCGUCAUGACCUACGUCAAGCACAAAGUGUCUCAAAGUCCUACCAAGCUGAGUCCCACGGAGAACGAGAACGCGUACCCCUCCAGGCGUUCCACCCACACGGACGACUCAGCCCUCUUCAUGAGCGAGUACCAGCCUCGCAUGGUGUUUGAGGUAGACACUGACACCAACACCAUAAAGAGGAAGCCUGGCACUCACAAGCAGUCUCUUACUGUGUCUGGGAUGUCCAUAGAUGGGCGUCUCUCCUAUCCUGACGAUAUUUCCCCCGCGUGUCUACUGCAGCAGGGCGACGAUCGCUCCUCCCUGUCUCCCACAGCCCUCCAAUCCCCUUCUUACCCCGGCCCUGUUACUCCGCCCUCCUGCUGGGGACCCGCACAGAGGCCCGACAGCUUCUUGUUUCGCCUCAGCCAGAAGGAAGAGCAGAGGAGAGGUGAUGGUUCUGCCCCCAGGUCGGAGCCUGAAGAGGUGACCCCUACCCAGCCUCAAGGCCCCAUGGGAGAGGAGGCUGCUCUGGUGGAGCAACUGCGGAAGAACAUCGAAUCGCGUCUGAAAGUGUCCUUGCCAAGCGACCUAGGAGCAGCACUGACCGACGGGGUCGUGCUCUGCCAUCUAGCCAAUCACGUGCGGCCACGAUCCGUACCCAGCAUCCACGUGCCCUCCCCUGCUGUGCCCAAACUGACGAUGGCCAAAUGUCGGCGGAACGUGGAGAACUUUCUGGAGGCGUGUCGCAGGAUCGGGGUUCCACAGGAGAGGCUUUGCACAGUGGAGGAGGUUCUGGAUGGCCGGGGAGGCUGUGUUUACGGGACGCUGGGGGUCCUGCUCUCCAUGGUUCCUCCCCCCCUCCUAAUGCCUUCUCCCCCAGCCCAGCUGGCAGGCUUCGCCCUCUUCUAUCUGUCCAUCAUGUCUGUACUGUGUGCUCUGUACUGCCACCUGGUGCCCCACCUCUGAACUGUCUGUCUGGACAACACAAUCCCUUCCUCACCUUCCUCGUCCCACAACAAACUGACUCUCUACCACUUGUGCACACACACUCACGCUCGCACACACACACACUAUCUCAAACACACACACACCACUCGCAUUCCUCUGUACUUCUCAUUUCAUAUUGCGGUGUUUUCCAUCAAUGCAACAGUAUCUAUUCAGACACAGCAGUCAGCAGAACUCAACAAGGGAAAAACACAAGAAUGAGUGGACCACUCCCUCUCUCAGUCCCACUCUGCCUUAACAAAGAGGAGCGCUCGCAGCUGCCUGGUUUGCCAUGCACUGAAAAGGGCACAACUCCAAAUGCCAAAUACCAUAUAGUAGGUUUUAUCUUUUCUUCCAGUUGUUUGUUGGGGAAGGUUACUUGCAUCUCCUCAAGGAGUGGCGAGGUGGACCUUCAAUGCUCCCUCGUAACCCUUCUGUCAUGUACUGGCACUGCCCCCAUUGAGAGAGACAGCAAGACCCUGGAGGCUGCUGUGUAGUCACUGAACUGUCUGCUACUCUACCUACCUACUGAACCUCCUUCUGUGCCUUAAGUUUGUCCGCCUGCCGGUGUGUGUGUUUUAGAUGGAACCUUCCCACCCGAAGCCACUUCCAUUGCACUAAUAGCAUCAAUCAAGUCGGAGUGCUUGUCAUAUGUAGCCUACGUGCUGCUUCCUCCCUCUUCCGGCCCCUGAGAAGAACCAACCACGAGUAAUCUGACUAAUCAAUGCCGAGCGCUUCUCUUCUCUCCUGACUCUAGCACAGCUUAGCCUAAGCUGCAAAGUCAGUCUGAAGUUUUUGCCUAAUCAUAAAGAGAGCAGGUCGGCGAGGGUCAUUUGUUAGCCUUUGACUCUUUGCUGACGCACAAUCAAGUAUCCUACAGGAGCCUUUUUUUCCCUUGACCGUCUGUGAUCCAGCCCCCCUCUCAGUCAUAAUGCUCAUUUUGUGGCUCUGGGGAGAUGUUUGCCCUAGAUACAGAUUUACGAUCAGCUACACCUCCCCAAUCCUAACCUUUUAAAGAGGAACUGAAAUGCUCAAAUCAACCUACAUUUUACAAUUUUAUGUUCUGAAAAUACUUUUUAAACAUAAUAUGAUACAGUCUUAGAGUGCCUAGCACAAGCUUAUUUGAUUUAUUUUACCAGGCAAGUCAAUUAAGAACAAAUUCUUAUUUACAAUGACGGCCUAGGAACAGUGGGUUUAACUGCCUUGUUCAGAGGCAGAACGACAGAUGUUUACCUUGUCAGCUCGGGGAUUCGAUCUUGCAACCUUUCGGUUACUGGCCCAACGCUCUAACCACUAGGCUACCUGCAGCCCCAUAGAGAGGUGUGGCCACAGCCAUAUUGAAAUAACCUCAUGGGAAUGGUAGAGCAGCCGCGCGCCUACUGUACUCGUGGCUUUUUGAUCAAGACUGAUUAAGAAGUGAAGAAACUAAAAGCUAGAACUACCAAUUUGAGAGGGAACAUCAAUAAAAUAAUAACAAUCAUCUUAACAAGCCUGUAUAGUCUGGUCAAAAAUCCACUUGCAUAAGUUUUUGAGCUCAUUCAGAUGUAUGCUACAUUAGUGAUUUUUGCAGGGGCAUCGGAUCUACUGUUACCCGACAUUAGUAAGGUAGUUAAAUGCAUGAUUUCCACAAUAACAAAGCAGUUAGCUUUGAAUAAGCUUGUAUAGUCCAGCCAAAAACCCACUUGCAUAAGUUUUUGAGCACAUUCAGCGGGCAAGGUCUAGCUUUGUUAAACAUUACAGGAAUUUUGACAUGGGCAUCGGAUCAUACUGUGUUAGCAAGCUAGCUAACAGCAAAAAGCUUAGCUUACUGCAUGGUAGUACCCACAAUAAUAGUCACUUUUGCAGGCAGAUGGUGUACACUAUGCAUAAACAGUAUUCAAUAUGGUUUACAGUGAGCGAUUUAUGAUGUGCCAAACCUAAGAGGCUAGCUGGGCUAGAAAAACAAGUAUUCAGUUAAUGCAAGCUAACGUUAGCUGCAGACACGUAGGUUGUUAGAUGUCUACUCCUAUUAAAUCAAUUGCAGCGAGUUGUGAGAUUUACCAAAUGAUCCUGCCAGUUUCCAUAGUUAAAUUAAUAAUCCAUAGUAAAAUUCUGCGCUGUAGCAAGCUGUUCUGAUAGCUACAGUAGCUCGUGAUGUUAACUGACAAAAUAUCCAUCAAUGAUAGCUGAGCUUGCCAUGGUUUUGGACUUGCUAGCUAUGAUAGCCCACCUUGCACAGUUUAUUUGUUUUUUAUUUAUUUAACUUUUAUUUAACUUGGCAAGUCAAUUACGAACAAAUUCUUAUUUACAAUGACUGCCUACCAAGAGGCAAAAGGCCAACUGGGAGAAUGGGGGCUAAGAAAUGUAGGACAUAAACACUACAUAGAGACCUAAGACAACCACACAACAUGGCAGCAACACAUGACAAUACAACAUAUUAGCAACACAUCAUGACAACAUUCACCACAAUGGUAGCAACACCACAAUGGUAGCAGCACCAACAUGGUAGACAGCAAUACACCACGCAAAGCAACCACAAGUGUCAGUAAGAGUGUCAAUGGUUGAGUCUUUGAAUGUAGAGAUAACUGUCUAGUUUGAGUGUGUUUUGCAGCUCGUUCCAGUCGCUAGCUGCAGCAAACUGAAAAGAGGAGCGACCCAGGGAUUUGUGUGCUUUGGGGACCAGAAUGCGACAGGCAGAACGGGUGUUGUAUGUGGAGGAUGAGGGCUGCAGUAGAUAUCUCCGAUAAGGGGGAAUGAGGCCUAAGAGUGUUUUAUAAAUAAGCAUCAAGCAGUGUGUCUUGCACUGGGUAUACAGAGAUGUCCAGUUUACAGAGGAGUAUAGAAUGCAGUGAUGUGUCCUAUAAGAAGCAUUGGUGGCAAAUCUGAUGGCCGAAUGGUAAAGAACAUCUAGCCGCUCGAGAGCACCCUUACCUGCCGAUCUAUACAUUUCGUCUCCAUAAUCUAGCAUGGGUAGGUUGGUAAUCUGAAUCAGGGUUUGGCAGCUGGGGUGAAAGAGGAGCAAUUACGAUAGAGAAAACCAAGCCUGCAGCUUGGAUAUGAAACAUUCUCAAUAAAGAAACUAACAUGCAUUGUAAUCUGGGCUGCCUGUCAGAUGAACCAUUCAAGUGAUGUCAUUUAUGGCGGCACGCAUUAGUCCAUGAGGCAAUUUUCUAAUGUUUUUGUCAGCUACUUUAAGGGUAGGAACUUGCUUCUUUAUCACAUUUGACUUAAUAAAAUGUUUCAGUUCGUCUUUAACCAUUAGUAGGGAAAACUGACCCACGAUCAGUGUCCAGGGGCAACUUCACUCUACUCCCAUUUUAGCACUUGCCUGAUCCCAGGUCUGUUUGUGUGUUAAAACAAAUCUGGGACCAGUCUAGGUAGGCACAAGCUGUGGUAACAAUCAGCCCCAGGAUAUGACUGGACUGCCUUCAGGAAGUAUUCACACCCUGAGACUUUUUACAAAUUUUGUUGUCUUACCAAUGGGAUUUAAAUGGAUUUAAUUGUCAUUUUUUUGUCUACGAUCUACAGAAAAUACUCUGACAAAGUGGGGGGGAAAUUAUGAAAAGUAAAACCCUAAUCUUGAUUAGGUAAGUAUUCAAUACAUGAGUCCAAUGCUUGUUAGAAUCCCAAGCAUUGGACUCAUGUAUUGAAUACUUACCUUUGGCAGCGAUUACAGCUGUGAGCUCUGUGAAAUUGGUUGUUGAUCAUUCGUGGACAUCCAUUUUCAGGUUUUGCCAUAGAUUUUCAAGCAGAUUUAAGUCAGAACUACAACUAUGCCACUCAGGAACAUUCCCUUUCUUCCUUGUAAGCAACUCCAGUGUAGAUUUGGCCUUGUGUUUUAGGUUAUUGUCCUGCUGAAAGGUGAAUUUGUCUCCCAAGUUUUUGCCUCUGCUUAAAUCCAUUCCAUUUAUUUUUUAUCCUGAAAACUCCCCAGUCCUUAAUUAUUACAAGCAUACCCAUAACAUGAUGCAGCCACCACUAUGCUUGAAAAUAUGGAGAGUGGCACAGAGUAAUGAAUGCAUUACAGAGUAAUGUAUUCAGGACAAAUUGUGUAUUGAUUUGUAAGUGUUUUAUGCAGUAUUACUUUAGUGCCUUGUUGCAAACAGGAUGCAUGUUUUGGAAUAUUCCUCUGUACAGGCUUCCUUUUCACUGUCAAUUAGCUUAGUAUUGUGGAGAAACUACAAUGUUGAUCCAUCCUCCGUUUUGUCCUGUCACAGCCAUUACACUGUUUUAAAGUCACCAUUAGGCUCAUGGUGAAAUCCCAGAGCGGUUUCCUUCCUUCCUGGGGCGUUGUAUGUUAGGAAAGGACGCCUGUAUCUUUGUAAUGACUGGGUGAAUUGAUGCACAAUCCACAGUGUAAUUAACUUCACCAUGUUCAAAGGGAUAUUUAAUAUCUGCUUUGCUUUAUUUUACCCAUCUACCAAUAGGCGCCCUUCUUUGCGAGGCAUUGGAAAAUCUCCCUGGUCUUUGUGGUUGAAUCUGUGUUUGAAAUUCACUGCUCAACUGAGGGACCUUACAGAUAAUUGUAUGUGGGAUACAGAGAUGAGGUAGUCAUUCAAAAAUAAUUGUAAACACUUAUUGCACACAGAGUGAGUCCAUGCAACUUAAUAUGUGACUUGUUAAGCACAUUUCUACUCCUGAACUUAGGCUUGCAAUAACAAAGGGGUUAAAGACAUUUCAGAUUUUUUUAUUUUGUAAAAAAUUACACAUUUGACAUGGCGUUGUGUGUAAUCAGUUUUAAAUUCAGGCUGUAACACAACAACAUGUGGAAGGUCAAGGGGUGUGAAUAGUUUCUGAAGGCACUGUAUAUGGCAAUGAGUGCUCUUAUACUGUUCUAUACGAAGACAAAGCACAUAUUCUGUGAGAAAGAGCGAGCAAGUGACUCUGGGUUUGUUCCAAAUGGGUCCCUAUUCCUUAUAGUGCACUACUUUUGAUCAGAACCCUAUGGGCCCCCUGGUUAAAAGUAGUGUACUCAAUAGGGAAUAGGGUGCCAUUCGGGACGCAGGCUGCGUGUGUAGUUUGUUGCUGGUCUAUGCUGAAUGACAAGGAGUAAUGUCUCCUCUGGCUCUGAAGAGCGGUGUGUAUGUUCUCUGUGUCAGUGGUCUGUUUGGUUAGAGGAUGUGUACCCACGUGCCGAUCUCUACUGUUGUUGACCUUUCAACUCUUUCCCAGAGCUCCUCCUUGCACAAUAAAAUGAACCAAAUA